CUUUGCAUAGGACGUUUUGUCCAUCCCACAUCAGAUUUGCAUUCUCACCUCCACCUCCCACCCCACCCCACCCACCCACCCCACCUCUUGUAUGCUUAAAUGUUGAGCCACCCCACUCCACAAGAAAAUAGAUAGAGAUGGUGUUUUAUUUGUUUAUAUAGUCAAUUUUUAUCUUAUAAACUUUCAAUAUUCAAAUCAUUCAAAGGGGAGAUUGUACUUUAAAACAUAGGUAUCAUUUCUCAGAAAACAUAAUGGGUGAAGAAGAGAAAAAAAAUGAGAAACCAAAGGAGGAAGAAGAGAAGAAAACAGAAGAUGUUGAUGAAGAAGUUGUAUUGAAGGUUGAUAUGCACUGUGGAGCUUGUGCUAGAAAAGUUGCAAGAUCCUUGAGAGGUUUUCAAGGUGUUAAAGAAGUAAUGACGGAUUGCAAGGCUAGCAAGGUGGUCGUAAAAGGAAAGGAAUUAGACCCGACAAAACUAAGCGAAAGGGUUCAAAAGAAAACCGGUCGUAAAGUUGAGAUCAUAUCCCCUAUCCCGAAACCUCCAGAGCCAAAGCCCGAGCCUGAGCCGGAGAAGAAACAGCAGCCCGAACCGCCAAAGGAAGAGAAGAAAGACGAGCCACCUCCUGUCAUAACGGUGGUGCUGAAAAUGUCGAUGCAUUGUGAUGCUUGUGCACAAGCUUUACAAAAGAGGAUUCGGAAGAUCCGAGGUGUUGAGUCAGUGAAGACGGAGUUGGCAAAAGAACAAGUGGUGGUGACAGGUGUGCUUGAGCCUGAGAAGUUGAUGAAUGAUGUAAUCAAGAAAACCAGAAAGCAAGCUUCCAUUGUAGUAAAAGAAGAAAAGAAGGAAGAAAAGAAGGAGGAGAAGAAGGAGGAGGAGAAGAAGGAGGAAGCUCCGGAAGCAAAGAAGGACGAUGAAACGAAUAUAGAAACCAAAAAGAUCGAAUAUUGGCCUCCUAAGUAUUACAUGGACUAUUCUUAUGCACCUCAAAUGUUCAGUGAUGAAAAUCCAAAUGCUUGUAUGGUAAUGUAACAAUAACAAGAAAUAGGGUUAUGCUAAAUGUACUCCACCCAUCCCAAACAACAUAUUUAGUGUUUUAGUUUAAGUGUUAUGAUUUGCUACCUGUUAAGUAAUGCAAUUUUACUUGUACUAUGUUAGUAUGUACCUUUCGAAAAAAAUAUAUAAAUAUGUGUGUCAUGCAAUAAA